AUGACGAGUCAGUUUCUAGAUUACGAGCCCGUCUCGCCCAACUUUCUCUUCCAGACACAACAGGACCAUUCCCAACGUGCAUGGACGACGGAAUCCUCGCUGCCGCGGCCGGAUACGCAGUACCAGAGCCAAUGUCAGACACAAAGCCAAAGCCAAAGCCAAACCCAGACCCAGAACCUAACCUCGACCAAUAAUGAUUCGUGUGGCGCCAGCUCGCAACGCUCAACCCAGCGCCCAACGCCACCCUUUGAGGCAGCACCGGGGCCCCGGCCGUGGACAUCUGCUGCAAGUUCAACAUGCAACCUGCCCCAGCCUCUUGUUCCAGCAGAUCUGGUUCUGAUCCAGCGCCCAAGCAAGUCAAGCCAGCUUUCCCCCAUCUUUCGUCCCAAACCCAAAACUGCCAAACACUCGGACGGGCUGGAUCAAAAGGUUGCAUUGGAUGCCUCAGUGCAUCUGCAACUAAUGCAGCAGCGACGACACAGCGAGCGUCAAGAGCAACAGGCGCGGGAAUCACUCCAGCUCAGUCAACAGUCGCUGGUGUCUGUCACACAAGAGGUGGCUGCACUAGCUGACAAGCUGACCACAGCAGCGGACCACAACUCUUCUCUCUUGGACCUACUCAAUCGUUUAAACUCCAAACUCGAUGAGCAAAACACCGCGGUAGUCCAAGGCAUGGCACGGCUUCAAGCCAGCACCGAGCUCUUGCACAAGAACCUGCGAGAAGAGAUGAACGACCUCAGUAUUGCGUUGGUUCGAGAAAUGAGGCAUUCCAUGGUGAGACCAAGCCAACAGGCAGCCAUGCCCCCACCGGUAGUAGCCCCAAGUCGGUGA